AUGUCGGCCAAAUCUCCUUCAACAUCCACCACAAGCAAGAGGAAGCACCUGAAACUGAACAGGAAGGAUUUUCUCAAGGUAAAGCAAUUGUUUGAUGAGCUCGACACGGACAAGAACGGAUCCCUAGACUCGAGCGAGUUUGCCGUCUUCGUCCGCAUGAUGGGCAUAAUGGUAGCGCACGACAACAUGGACAGAAACAACGAUGGAAGAAUAGACUUCAAGGAGAUGCUUCAGUUCGUGUAUCCUGGCGCAAGCCCCUCUGCCAUUCAGAGCUUCCUAAGGGAGCAAGCGGGUGAAAGCAAGGACUCACGUAGCACACCCAGCGUCGUUCUGCUCAAGUCGCAGCUCGACGAGAUCAAGCAGCUAUUCGAGUUGCAUUCGCGGGGGGGCAGGACGAUAUCACGGGAAGCUCUGAUCGAGGUGCAGUCCUCUCCCAGGAGCAAUCGCUCCUCCUCCAUGUUUCUCGUGGCGGCUCACGACCUGAUGCAGGCGAUGGUGUUCCCCGGAGGAUACACCGAAGAAGAGGUGGUGAAGAUCUUGGAGGAGUUCGAUGCGGACGGGGACGGGGAGCUGAGCUUGGAGGAGUACACGGAGAUGAUGAAGAUAGCGUACAAGAUCUGCAACAAGUGCAUGUGCACGCGGGCCGAGAGCUCGGGUACCUGCAAAGAAUGUCGGAGUUUUGGGACGCAAGACAAUGUUGUCACCACCAUCCCAGCCACGAGCUGA